AGGCUGCUUGGAGAUGGAAACCGACUUUGCAGUGUGUAUAGUUGGUAGUCCUCCUUUCCAAAUGGUGUCAGUGUUGGGCUAGAACAGGCAUCUCCAUAGUCUGUCAUGGUGGUCUCGGGUUUCAGCACUCUGUUGGCAGUGGCAAGGGAGGAGAUCUAUUCUGAGUUGAACACUGAAGUGAAGCCUUUACUUCUCGCUAGCUGUCCAGUUCAUGCUUGGACCUAACGAAGGUGGUGGAAGUGUGUGGCGUCUCUGAAACGCCAGUGUUCAGAGCUCGAGAAGAGUUGAGAGAAAAUGCCAUCUUUUUCAUGGAGGCUGGUCCUCAUGCUUGGCUCUUGGCCCCUGGCUCUUGCUGAGUCAGACGGGUCCUCUCUACUGGAAGGCUGGCAAGACAUGUGGCUCUUCAGGUUCUUCCUCAAUAUCCUAGGCUAUGCCACCAUCAUCAUCCCAGGCUAUUUUCUCAUCAGCUACUUCAAGAGGAUCAACUAUUUAGAAACCGGUCGCGGCCUUUGCUUCCCUCUUAUAAAGGCCUGUGUGUUUGGGAGCGAGGCAAAGACAGGUCUCCUGGAUGAUGUGUCUGUUACGUCCAGGAAUGACGCAGAGUCCUCUUCCUCCACACGCCAGGCCGUUAAGUUGGUAUUUUGUGCGGCUGGACUUCAGGCCUCCUACCUGACAUGGGGCGUGCUGCAGGAGCGCGUGAUGACGCGCUCAUACGGGGUGGGCGAAGCCGGGGCGGAAGGCGGCGAGCGUUUCAAGGACUCGCAGUUCCUGGUGUUCAUGAACCGCAUCCUGGCGCUGACGGUGGCCGGCCUGUGGUGCGCGCUCUUCAAGCAGCCGCGGCACGGGGCGCCCAUGUACAAGUACUCCUUCGCCUCGCUCUCCAACGUCCUGAGCAGCUGGUGCCAGUACGAGGCGCUCAAGUACAUCAGCUUCCCCACGCAGGUGCUGGCUAAGGCCUCGAAGGUCAUCCCCGUCAUGCUCAUGGGCAAGCUGGUGUCGCACAAGACCUACGAGUACUGGGAGUACCUCACCGCAGCGCUCAUCUCCGUGGGCGUCAGCAUGUUCCUGCUGGCGAGCUCCAGCGACAAGCACCCGUCCACCGUCACCACCUUCUCGGGCGUCUUCAUCCUGGCCGGCUACAUCGUGUUCGACAGCUUCACGUCCAACUGGCAGGACAACCUGUUCAAGCACAAGAUGUCGUCGGUGCAGAUGAUGUUCGGCGUCAACCUCUUCUCCUGCAUGCUCACUGUGGGCUCGCUGCUGGAGCAGGGCGCCUUCUUCAACUCCGUGAGCUUCAUGCUCCGCCACUCGGAGUUCGCCUUCCACGCCGUGCUGCUGUCGGUGUGCUCCGCGUGCGGCCAGCUGUUCAUCUUUUACACCAUCGGCCAGUUCGGCGCUGCCGUCUUCACCAUCAUCAUGACGCUGCGGCAGGCCUUCGCCAUCCUGCUCUCCUGCUUCCUCUACGGCCACGCCGUCUCCACCGUGGGUGGGUUCGGCGUCGGCGUGGUCUUCCUCGCGCUCUUCCUCCGCAUCUACGCCCGCAGCCGCCUCAAGAAGGCCGGCAAGAGGGCAGCGCCUCCUCCGAUACAGAAGGUGUGAGAUGCAGAGCGAGGACGGGGGGAGGGGGGUGGUGUCAAAGGAAGAGACUUUUGUACAGACACCACAUUUUUAGUGGUGGCUUUGUCAGUCCCGGUGUUUUUUUUUUUCUUGUUUUUUUUUUUGUGAUUUGGUUGUUCCUUUGUUCAACUUGUAUUUCUUCUCUUAUGUUUUAAAUAUUUUUUCAGUUGCUGAUUUUGUACUGUUACAGGGGUACUAAAAGAGAAAAAAAAGGGAUGAUGCCUUUCAAAGUCUUCUGGUGAUGAUAAGGGAUUGGACGUGGGCUGUAGUAGUACCAGCCCAGCCCAGAUGAUUGUUGCACACACAAGCCUGGGUCACUGACUUGCACCGCCGCCACCUCCUCGUUUGAGCGGUUUUCGCUGGAGCUGGUGGAGUGGUGUGAGUGACCAUAAACACACCCACCCAGCCAGCCAGACAGCCAGUGAGCCAGCUGGUUCUCAGAGUGUUGCGUAUCCGGUUGUAGGACGCUCCUGUUAAGUAACACAAAUCCACAUUCCCCCUAAUGUGUGCAUGUCUCUGCAGUAGCGUUGUGAAAGCUGAAGGCUGAUGCGUUUCCUGUGAGGCGUUAGCUGCAACACGUUUACCCAUUAAGGACAAUCAUGCCAUACUAGUCGUCCUUCGCGUCUUAUGUCCAACCGGUUGUAAAGAAUGUAUGAAUGCUAUGCCUAGCCGUGAAAGCCAACUUGUGCAUUCGGACAAAUUCACAUACCAGGAAGGUUACAACAUGCAGUAAUAUGCAUGGAGCCUGUAAGGUGUUUUAGGUCGGGUUCAAAAGGGUGAAACCCACGAUGGAUGGGUUUAAAGCAGAAGGCCCUUUCCCCAUCAUAUUUCUCCAUAAACUAUUGUAUUUGAUUCACGAGUUGGGUGGUUAUGUUAUUGGUCAUAGCAAUCUGUGUAAACAGGCAAGCCUUGCAUUGACAAAGGGGACUUAAUUGUGUUGGUCACGGCACAGUUCUGAUUAUUUGGAAACAAACAUUGAUAUUAUACUCCGUACACACCCAGCAGUACUUAACUGCAUAGCGAAGCAAGUAGGUAGACCUACUGAAUGGAAUAGAACUGUGAAUGCACAGAUUGGUGUGUCAUGUCUUGAUAUCAGACCUUAAUCCUUACUUGUGUGUUUGAUUUGUGUAAGUGUGUGAUGGAAACCUUAAAGGACUCAUUAACAUAACUUCAAUCCAA